AAGUCCCACCACAGCAAAGCAACUGCUUGCAGCCUCCGCACAACAAAAAACCCCACGGGUAGUCUCGGAUCUCCACGCCACCAAAACAUUCGAAGCUUCUUCGAUCUCUUGCGCGGCGUUCUGGAAUCUGAACCUUCAAUCUUGGAGAGCGGCGCGUCCCCAAAGAAUUAGAUCAGCCAUGGCCAAGCAAAAGAUCGUGAUCAAGGUGCCGAUGGCGAGCGACAAGUCCCGGUCCAAGGCAAUGGCGCUGGUGGCAGCCGCGGGCGGGGUCAACUCCGUGGCCAUCGCCGGCGACGGCAAGGACCAGGUGGUCGUCGUUGGCGAGGGCGUCGACUCCAUCAAGCUCACCACCAUCCUGCGCAAGAAGAUGGGCGACGCGCAGCUCGUCGAGGUCGCCGAGGACAAGAAGAAGGAGGAGAAGAAGCCCGACCCCGUCGCCGAAGCUGCGGCGGCGUACUACAACCAGUACUACUACCACUACCCACCGCCGGCCGCCGUCGUUUACGACCCCUACCCACGGCCGGGCAACACCUGCUCCAUAAUGUAGACUCAGCCUGUGGACAUAUGCAAGUUAAGUUUUGUGUGUAGCGGUGCGUGUGUGGGGGAGGCGCGCAAGUGUAGUUUCUAUACGGAAUUCUUCUCUUAUCUCCCUUUUGAGGUUAAGGGCAUGUGCAGUCCCAGUUAAUAUAUGGUCAUU